UGCAAUAUCGUCUCCCCUCUGCUUCCAUGACCAUGAAUCUCGCCAUUAUAAGUCCCAUAAUAUGAUUAGAGCCCGUGAUAAUCUGGAAAACGCCCAACAUUCACCUCUGCUGGCGACGCGAUUUGAUCAAAUUUUAACAGGCACGCGGGCAAGUGCAGUCAUCCGCGGACAAAAAAAGCUAGGCACAAUCCUGGCUUGAUCCCCAAUCAUCCGAAUAAUUUGGUCUCGCGACAUCUCCGCCUACACCCAUCAUAUCGUCCAUUCCAUCGGCAACAUGAGUAAAACUCUCGCAAUUCCACGACAGCUCAGCAGAGCUUUGCCGAAUGCUUCGCGCACGACCUCCAGUGGACUGCGGAAAUUUGCGACUGCCACGAACGAGCCUCUGACGCGGGAUGUCGCCGAGUUGGACGAGGUGACAACACUACCAAAUGGAGUACGCAUCGCCACCGAGGCUCUUCCGGGCCAUUUCUCGGGAAUUGGCGUCUACAUCGAUGCCGGGUCGAGAUACGAGAACGAUGACCUCCGCGGAGUAUCACAUAUCAUUGAUAGACUGGCCUUCAAGUCCACUACCAAAAGGUCAUCUGAUAAGAUGCUGGAAUCAAUAGAGUCACUCGGCGGAAACAUACAAUGCGCAUCAUCGCGAGAAAGUUUGAUGUACCAGUCUGCGACUUUCAACGCUGCCGUGCCCGAGACUAUCGGUCUGCUCGCAGAGACGAUUCGCGACCCCCAGAUCACCGAGGACGAGGUACAAAGGCAAUUGGAAACCGCAGAAUACGAAAUAGGGGAGAUUUGGUCCAAGCCUGAGUUGAUCCUACCGGAAUUGGUUCACAUGGCGGCUUAUAAGGACAAUACAUUGGGUAACCCCCUAUUGUGCCCGCAGGAGCGAUUGGCAAGCAUCAACCGAAGCACAGUUGAGGCAUAUCGCAAAGCAUUCUUCAAGCCGGAGAGGAUUGUUGUCGCAUUCGCUGGUGUAGAGCACACCCAAGCCGUCAAACUUACUGAGCAGUACUUCGGUGAUAUGGCGGCGUCCCCGACGUCUUCAACGUCGAAUUCGGCUGGCAGCGAGCAGGCUCUAUCAUCACUCAAGUCAACUACGCUCCCUCCGCAGAAAGAGUCCCGACUCAUGUCCAAGAUUCCAUUCUUGAAGAACCUUUCAACCUCGGCCACACAACAAGCCACCGUCUCUCCGCUCGACCCUUCACAACUAAUUCCCAAUCCUUUAGAGUCGGCGGUAGAUUAUACUUCACCCUCACGCUACACUGGUGGAUUCCUGACGAUGCCACCUCUUCCUAUUCCGCCGAACCCUGCUAUGCCCCGCCUCUCUCACAUACACCUUGCCUUCGAAUCUCUUCCGAUCUCCUCUCCCGACAUCUAUGCGCUAGCCACUCUCCAAACUCUCCUCGGAGGCGGCGGUUCCUUCUCCGCCGGAGGCCCCGGCAAGGGAAUGUACAGCCGACUGUACACCAAUGUUCUAAACCAAUACGGCUGGGUGGAAAACUGCGUUGCAUUCAACCACGCCUACACCGACUCAGGACUCUUCGGCAUCUCCGCCGCAUGCGGUACCCAAUUCGUCCCGCGCAUGUUGGACACCAUGGCCCGCGAACUUAGCGUGCUGAGCGCGGAGACCGGCUUGGGCCGCCUCACCGACGUCGAGGUCAAGCGCGCCAAGAACCAGCUCCGCUCCUCGCUGCUCAUGAACCUUGAGAGCCGCAUGGUCGGGCUCGAGGAUCUCGGCCGCCAGGUGCAAGUGCAUGGCCGCCGCAUCCCGGUCAAGGAGAUGGUCAAGAAUAUUGAGGGUGUCACGAUUCAGGAUCUGCGGAGGGUGGCGAAGCAGGUCUUCGGUGGAGAGAUCAAGAACGCUGGUGAGGGCAGUGGGGCCCCGACGGUUGUGUUGCAGCAGGGUAUGGAGGAGAAUGUCACGCUCAGGGACAUUUCAUGGGGCGAUGUACAGGAGAGGAUUGCGAAGUGGGGAUUGGGUCGGCGAUAGGUUCGUCAAUGUCAGCUCCUGUGUCGGAAAGCGCGGUUUUCUGGCCAGGAGGAUAGGAAUUCUUCUCUCACCUGUCAUUACUAUCAUCAUUUUCAAAGGGAUCCCGGGAUGGACUGGAGUUGCCAUAUUGCCAUAGCAAUUGUACUUCUACUGGGACAACAUCAUCAAGCUUUAGUGUGUGCAAUUUUCGUCAUUUCAAUAUCGUACAAUCGUUCCGGUGGUCGAGACUACAUCUUCCUCUCCGACGCCAAAUGCUCAUGCAAUUCCUGGGUAUCAUGCUCUACGUUAAGUGAAAUAAAAAGUGGGUCAGUGGCCAUAGGUCUCAAGGUCUG